GUCUGUCCAUAACGUGGGAGGGGAUAGUACCCCAUCCACGUCCGCUUAAGUAUACCAUUUCCAUUCCGCGUGCAAGCCGAGUAUAUAAAAAACUCACCCAGAACUCGGCUAGAAGAACAUCGCCAGUGUGAAAAGAACAUAUACUGAAACCAGGGAAUAUGCGCGUACAAACCACCCUUCCAACCACAAGAAGCCACGUGGCACAUGAAAAGAGCAAACGCAUAUAUACCGCAAGAACUGGCCGCGUUCAACAAAAAGAAAACCACACGCGAACUGAAGACCUCUCAAGAAAAGCGAACCCCAACCUCUAUAUAAGCGCACCCACCACAGCAGAGUAAAAAUCAAAGACGAUAAUCUCAGCGUCUGACGAUAAUCUCAGCUUCUGACGAUAUGAGCGUAGCGGUCGUUAACGGAGUAACGGUAACGGCGUUCGUCGAGGACGGUGCCGCGUUCAACAAGUGCAUGGAAGAGCGGUUCUCAACCCUCGACGUUAACGGCGACGGAGUCCUGUCACGUGCUGAGCUGCUGAGGGGUUUCGGGCCGCUGCCUGUUCGUGGGGCGGACGCCGAAACGGGCGAGGAAAUCGGGAAUCCGGAUGACGAGGUGUUUGAGAAGUUCGAUGCGGAUCGGAGCGGGACCGUUGAUCUGGAGGAGUUUAAGGCUGAGAUGAAGGAGAUCAUGCUGGCGGUCGCACGCGGGAUCGGGGACUCGCCGAUCCAGAUUGCGCUUGAGAGCGAUAGCUUCCUUAUGAGGGCUGUGGAGCACGAAUCGACCAAACGAGUUUGAAAUUAUUUUGUGGUCCGCGGAUUACUUGAUAGAGUAGUUCGCGUUGGGUUUCUUGGCUUGUUUGGCUUUUAAGCAAAGAUUAGAGAGUUAAUGA